AUGAUGUCUCGUGUGUUGUGUUUUCUCGUUUUGCUGUUGAGUGCUGUCUCUUUGUGUGUGACAGCUGAGGCGGGUUCUGAUCCUGCCGAUGGUAGUUGUGAUAAAGGUACUGAACUUCAUGACGGUAAAACUUGUUCUGCUGCUCCACUUCCUCUUUCUGGUGCUAAAGUUGAUUCUUCUGGUCCAUGUCCUGCAGGUCACACUCAUUCUAAUGAUGAAACUUGUUCUGCCUCUUCUGCUGGUGAUCUUGGUCCUUCUCCACAUCCAGGUCCAACACCACCUCUAUCUGUUUCUGGUGGUAAAGAUUGUACUCAAGGUAAUGUUGAUCCUCCGUGCUCUACUACCGGUAGUGAACAUGAAGCUGCUCGUACUGAUGAUUGUGUGACAUCAUCUGACAAGAAGAGUUGCCCUAACAAAGAGGGUGAAACUAACGAGAAUUGCCGUGACGAUUCUGGUGAUGCCUGUACGCUAAAAGAAAAAACACCUCUCCCUGAAGGCCCCGGUAAGGGACCUGGUGAAAUUGGUGAUCACACUCAGCAAGACCGUCNCACAUGGUCUUGCUGGUUCUCAUGGUUCUCAUGGUAUGACUCUUUCAACUCACCUUGA